AUGCAUCUGUUAUCUCUUGCUACUUUACUGCCCCUUGUGGGUUUCUUCCUCCAGGCGUCAGCAGAUCUACAGCUUCUCAAUGCCAAUAGCAAGCAAAGAAGCCCAAAUAGUUAUAUCGUUGUCCUCAAACCCUCCACAAACCGGACUCAAGCUGAAGAACACACCCACCGAAUCACUACUUACCACAGAGCACGAAGCCUCGAUGAGCGCGCCGGAACCACCGGUAUUGGUGGGUCAUUCAAUAUUGACGGCACCGGCCCAGGCUUCAAAGGCUAUAAUGUUCACUGUGAUGGCCGAACACUAAGAGAAAUUCUUAGGUCGCCAGAGGUCCAAUAUGUUGAGGCAGAUACCAAAACUAAAUCCGAUUUGAUACAAUCAGGCUCCACAUGGGGUCUAGCCCGUAUUUCAUGGAGGCGCCUCCCAACGACCUACUCAUACCGCUAUGCAAGCGCUUGGAAUGGUAUAGGAAUCACCGCCUACGUCGUCGACAGUGGUGUUCGAAUCACUCAUCAACAAUUCGAAGGCCGAGCAAGAUGGGGUUACAAUGCCGUUCCGCGUAGCAGCAACACCGAUAAGUUUGGUCACGGUACUCAUGUCGCAGGAACCAUUGCCGGAAAAACAUACGGAGUCGCAAAAAAGGCAAAGAUUGUAGCUGUCAAGGCACUUGAUGAUAAAGGAGACGGCUUCCACUCGUACACAAUCGCUUGUUUGAAUUGGAUUGGGAGAAAUGCCAAAGCCGGAAAGAGCGUUGUCAAUCUAUCACUCGGUGGCGAGAAAUCGAAGGCUGUCAAUGACGCCGUUGAAGCCCUCUAUAAAAAAGGGAUCGUCGUCGUCGUGUCAGCUGGCAACAAAAAUAAUUUUGCUUCACUAUACUCUCCCGCUUCAGCCCCUAAUGCUAUUACUGUUGCAGCCAGUACCAGCGGGGACGAGAGAGCUAAAUUCUCCAACUAUGGCACUUCUGUUGAUAUUUUUGCGCCCGGUCAAAACGUCCUGAGUGCUUGGUAUACAUCCAAUACAGCAUUGAAGUACCGAGAUGGAACUUCUAUGGCUGCACCUCAUGUCGCAGGUAUAGCCGCCUACCUUUUGAGCAGCAAAGCUUCCUACCAGAGCCCACUCACUAUCCGUAAUCGGAUCGUGACUCUCUCCCGCAAGGGGUAUAUUUCGAAAGCUGGGACAGGCACAGUAAACAGAUUGGCUUGGAACGGCUACCUCAGUAACUAG